CUUAGAGAAAUGGCUGAAACCGCUCCAGCUGCUGCCGCCACACCGGCCAAAGCACCCAAGAAGAAAUCCGCUGCAAAAGCCAAGAAAACGGGACCAAGUGUGGGUGACCUCAUCAUCAAAGCUGUCUCGGCUUCCAAGGAGAGGAGCGGCGUCUCUCUCGCCGCCCUGAAGAAAGCGCUCGCCGCCGGUGGCUACGACGUGGAAAAGAAAAACGCCCGCGUCAAGAUCGCCAUCAAGAACCUGGUGACUAAAGGCACUCUGGUCCAGACCAAAGGGACCGGCGCUUCCGGGUCUUUUAAACUGAACAAACAGCAAGCAGAGACCAAGAAGAAACCAGCGAAGAAAGCCGCUCCUAAAGCAAAGAAGCCCGCAGCCAAGAAACCCGCCGCUGCCAAGAAGCCCAAGACUGCAGCGACAAAGAAGACCGCCGCUAAGAAAUCACCCAAGAAAGCGAAGAAACCAGCCGCCACCGCCGCUAAAAAGGCAACAAAGAGCCCCAAGAAAGCAAAGAAGCCAGCGGCUCCUAAGAAAGCAGCGAAGAGCCCCAAGACAGCGAAGGCUGCUAAACCCAAGACGACAAAGCCCAAAGCAGCUAAGCCUAAAAAGGCAGCGCCCAAAAAGAAAUAAAUCCACUUUACAGAGUUUAUUUCACUAAAAGGCUCUUUUAAGAGCCACCCAACAGUUCAUGAAGGAGCAGUGUUUCAUUGUUAAUUUUUUGUAAUUAUAGUUUAUAUUCCAGAUACUAAAAGAUGUGAUUUAACUGUACUAUGUUUAUCUUUUUACAACAGUAUUUUGUUGCCUUUUCUGAUUCUGUAAGUUCCCAUACAAAUAUUGAUCAAAUGUACGUUCUAAUGCACUGUAAG